UUUUCUUCAGUCGGUGGCGCAAUCUUUCCCGGCAAUCUUGUACAUCGUGUGUCUAAUUAUAGUAGCAAUGUCUUACGGCGCCAUUUUUGUCUUCAUACGUAAACGUGGAAGAAGAUUGGCCGCCGGUGAAAGGCCACAUCAAGGAGCAAACAUCAUUAGCGGGAGAUGCCAAGACAAUAAUCAGCCAGUUUUCCCUCAAAGCCCAAGAUCGCCUGGAACUCCAAUUGGUGGCUGUACCUCCCAUCAGCCACACCAGUCGAUACCUAUUGUACCAUCUAGCAGUCCACAGCAUUUGGUAGUACUUGGCAGCCAUCAGAGUAUUCCAUUCGUUGGUGCAGCGCGGAGUCAAUCCCAGACAGACAAGGCGGCCAACAGUAAACUUACCAAUCAACUAUUUACUGUAACCAGUAGUAGGCUACCGCGUCCAGCAGGUGAAGAGGAGACACCUGCCGGCUGCAGUUGGGAGCUUGUGUCAUCAGAGCAUCUGCCAGCAACUCCACUUGGCGCUGUUCAGUCCAGUCCACUUGAAACUCACCAGCCUUCUGCGGAUAUCAGCAGGCUUGGACGUCAUUCUGCGAUUCAACUGGCACCCGUGCUUAGCAACACAAGAGUCAGUCCCACAUGGGAAAUGUUGCAGCCUCCUACACAUUCAAGCAGAGACAGCGAUGGCAUCUCCCCAUCAUCCACGGAAAGAUUUCGAGACGGCAACCAAGGACUGAGACGCCGGCAGGCUGCUACUCAGUCCCGCAUCACGAAGAUGCUCUUCAUCGCUACAUUUAUCUUCUUCAUUCUCUGGUUCCCCUGGGUUUACCUAAGGUUCUACGCACUGGGAAGUCUCCAGAAGGACUUCAAGAAGUCUUCCCACCAUGCCAACUUGGUGGCUGCUUUGAUAGUCCUGAAAGACAUCGCUUAUCUCAACAGCGUGAUCAACGCCUUCAUCUAUGGAAUGGCUAACAAGCGUUUCCGCGCAGAAUGCAAACAACUUCUGCAGAAUGUCCGUCAACGAUUUUCUUAACCACAUCAUGCCUGCAAUUAUCGCUCAUCAAAACUCAAAACAAGGUCACGGUUCAAUACUUUAAAAAUCCGGAUAACUGAUCAUUUGAUCUGACAAUUUUCGACUAUGCUUUGAAUCUAAAUCUACUGGUGUGCCACAGUGUGUGAUGUAUACGUUCAGCUUUGCAUAGAAUGGUAUAGUACUUUGACGGACUGUUUAUUGAAUUAAAAAAAAAAUGGCAAGA